UCCCCCUCCCGUCUCUUCCCUCUUUCCCGAUUCGCAAACCGCUCGCACUUUCCCGAGGGGAGCGCGGGCGCCAGUUGCCUCCUUUUAAAGUUUGAGGGGCGGUGGUGGCGGCGGCCGGCAGGCGCGGGGGAACACAGGGGCCGCUACGGGAGCCGCGCCGCCGCCCAUGUCAUUCCACUUCAAGUGACUUCAUGUGAUGUCAGCUGAAUGUAAAAGACAGUGAUCUCACGCGGAGGGGAAGAUGUUUGCCAUCAAAAUGUGACAGAAGAGACACGCUGCAUGGCUCGGAACGCAUCUCCUUGGUGGUGGGGGAAAGAGACUUAGAGGAGAGAGGCUGCGCCCUGGCCCAGCCUGGCUCGGCUCAGCUCCGCGCGCCAUGGCAAGCUCGGCUUCCCUGGAGACCAUGGUGCCCCCGGCCUGCCCGCGCGCCGGAGCGUCGCCGGCCACUUCCAAGACACUGGCCUUUUCCAUCGAGCGCAUCAUGGCCAAGACGUCGGAGCCCCGCGCGCCCUUUGAGCCCCGGCCUGGAGCGCUAGAGGCGGACGGCAGCCAGGGCAAGAAACUGCUCAACCUCUGCUCGCCGCUGCCCUGUAUGAUCCCCCUCCAGCCCCUAGGCUACGAGGUGCCGUCAAAGACACUGCUCAGUUACUCGGAGCUCUGGAAAAGCAGCCUCCGGGCGGGCGGCGGCGGAGGCGGCGGCGGCGGUGGCGGCGGCGGCGGCGGGGGGGCCCCAGUGUGCGGCGCCAGCGGCUUGUGCAAAACCAACUGUGGCGUGUGCUGCAAGGCCGAGCUGGGCCUGGCGCCGUCUGCGCUGCCCGCGGGCAGGGUCAUCAAGCCGCAGGUCAUCAACCAGGCUGUGGGGCUGCCGGCCAGCGGCUCGCUCUACUACUUCAACUACCUGGACUCGACCGCGUACCCGCCGUCUGAGCUCCUCAGCGGCCACCUCUUCCCGUCUGGCCUCCUCAAUGCGCAGGCCCCCGCAGCCCUGGCUGCUCACCCCAAGCUCUUUCUGCUGGAGAACGCCAAGCUGGCCGGCCUGGCUGCGGACAAGUUCCCCCAUCCGGCUCCCUAUCCUCAUAAGGAGCGCUUGCCUGCGCCGCUGGAGCAGGUACUGAAGGAGAACUCAGCCCUGACUGCCGAGCGCGGAGGCGUCAAGGGCCACAGCAAGCUGCCAGGGGGCUCUGCAGAUGGCAAGCCCAAAAACUUCACCUGCGAGGUGUGCGGCAAGGUGUUUAACGCUCACUAUAAUCUCACCCGCCACAUGCCUGUCCACACCGGAGCCAGACCGUUCGUGUGCAAAGUCUGCGGCAAAGGCUUUCGCCAGGCCAGCACGCUCUGCAGGCACAAAAUUAUCCACACCCAGGAAAAGCCACAUAAAUGCAACCAGUGCGGCAAAGCGUUCAACCGCAGCUCCACGCUCAACACGCAUAUCCGCAUCCACGCGGGCUACAAGCCCUUCGUCUGCGAAUUUUGCGGCAAAGGCUUUCACCAAAAAGGGAACUACAAGAACCACAAGCUGACCCACAGCGGCGAGAAGCAGUACAAAUGUACCAUCUGCAACAAGGCCUUCCAUCAGGUCUACAACCUAACCUUCCAUAUGCACACCCACAACGACAAGAAGCCUUUCACGUGCGCCACUUGCGGCAAAGGGUUUUGCAGAAACUUUGACUUAAAGAAACAUGUGCGCAAACUCCACGACAGCGUGGGCCCUGCUGCCCCCUCCGCAAAGGACCUGACUAGGACAGUCCAGAGCUGAGAGCUACUGCCUUGCCCUCCCUUCCCUCCCUGCACCACCUGAAAACAGAUCACACAUAUAAACUUAUUUCUAAAAUUAAAAGAAAAAAACUAUAGCAGAGAGGCUAAAAUCUAUUUAUCGAAACCAGCAUAUUUUUGGAAAGCUAAAUGUUUCCUCGAUGACUGGCAGCAAACUCGUGGCCCCCACCUUUGUAUAUUCAGGAAACUUAUUUAAAUCCAGUGCGCCGAAACGUAUUUAAUUCCAGGCCUCCGCUUCUUCUGGGGCAGCCAGUUUUAAUCCCAGCCUGUCACCGUGAGCGCCCCAGAAGAGCGCGGCGCCCCUAGCCAUCUUUAUACAGCAAUGUAAAUCCUCCUGUACAAGCGAACACGGAAUAUAUACAUAUAUAACUCAAUAAACAGAAUCAUUAG